GUAAGCCAAGAUGACCGGACGUGGAAAGGGAGGAAAGGGUCUGGGAAAGGGAGGCGCCAAGCGGCAUCGCAAGGUCCUGCGAGACAACAUCCAGGGCAUCACCAAGCCCGCCAUCCGCCGCCUGGCCAGACGCGGUGGUGUCAAGCGCAUCUCCGGUCUGAUCUACGAGGAGACUCGCGGAGUCCUCAAGGUCUUCCUUGAGAACGUCAUCCGGGACGCCGUGACCUACACCGAGCACGCCAAGAGGAAGACCGUCACCGCCAUGGACGUCGUCUACGCCCUCAAGAGGCAGGGCCGCACCCUCUACGGAUUCGGCGGCAGGGCAUCAUUCGUUUCUCGAACGUGUAUCCCGAAUACAGUCGAAGUACAACUCUUACGCUAUGGCACCGAAGGCUAGUGGAAAGGCGGUCAAGAAGGCCGGCAAAGCCGUGAAGAACAUCACCAAGGGUGACAAGAAGAAGCACAAGAAGCGCAGGAAGGAGAGCUACGCCAUCUACAUCUACAAA